CUAAACCUCACUCAUAUUUUCUCUGCUCUGUUUCCCGCUUCUUCUUCUUCUUCUUCUUCUUCUUCUUAUUCCUCUGCACAAUUAUGGGCAAUUAUGUCUCCUGUAAUCUGCGUACUCCAUUGAUGAAGAAUACCAGGGCGGCGAGGGUGAUCUUCCCCACCGGCGAAGUCAAGCAGUACAAGCAGACGGCGAAGGCGGCGGAGCUAAUGCUCGAGUGUCCUGGCUACUUCAUCACCAACUCCGGCUCUCUGCACAUCGGCCGGAGGUUCUCCGCUCUCGGCGCCGAUGAGGAACUUGAGUCCGGCGGAGUCUACAUCUUGUUCCCCAUGAGGAGGUUGAAUUCCAUGGUCACGGCGGCCGACAUGGCUGUCUUCUUCAUGGCUGCGAACUCUGCCGCCAAGCGGAUAAAAGGAGGAAAGGUCGGUGUUAUGCCGGACAAAACCCGAGAAUCUUCUGUGACGGCGCCGGCCGAGGAGUCGGAAGCGGCGGAGAACGGUGGUGAAAAUGGAGGUCCGAGGUUGAGUUUGGAAGGGGUUGAAACAGGGUUUCAUUACAGGUUAAGUUAUUGCAGAUCAAGGAAGCCUGUGUUGGAGACUAUAAGUGAAGAACCGAUUUAUCUGAGAUGAAGAUUUCAGAGACGAGAGAAACAAAUCAGGAUAGGUUAGUGUGAGGGAAUCUUUUAAUUCAAUGAAUGUUCAUAUGCAGAUACAUAUUCUCGAAUUAACUUGUUUGUGCUCUUAGUAAAAUUUUGAACUGAGAGAGAUAUGAUCUA